CAUGCGAGAGGAUGUCAUAGUGAAACAUAGGACCUGUUAACGGUAUUACCAGAAUUGCAUCGUGCCAGUUGGGUGUGAAUAUGCGAGUUAAUGUGUUAGUUAGUGUAUGCAAGAGCUUGUUGAGGUGAGUUUGGAAGCUGGAGCUACGUGAAGAGGGCAAAGGGUGAAGAUAGAAAAGAAAAAAGAUUGUGCUCAAAAUGAAGACUCUGCUUUGGAUUGUGUGGAGCUGCUGGCUUCUUAUUCUUACAGGGGCAUCCGAAGCUGAACGGAGACUUCUGGAGUAUUUGUUUCGUGAUUACAACCUGAAGGUACGUCCGGCACAAAACUGGAACCAGAGAGUGAUGGUCCGUGUGGGAAUGACUUUGGUUCAGCUCAUCAGCUUGAAUGAGAAGAAUGAGGAGAUGACAACCAAUGUGUUCAUGAAUAUGGAAUGGACUGAUUACAGGUUAUCAUGGGAUCCAAAAGAGUAUGACAAUAUUGAUGUUGUAAGAAUUCCACCCAUAAAAGUGUGGCGUCCAGACAUCUACCUUAUUAACAACAAUGAUGGGCAGUUUGAUGUUGCCCUGUAUGUAAACGUGCUUGUGAACAGUAGUGGAACUGUCUCUUGGUAUCCGCCAGCCAUCUACCGCAGCACAUGUUCAAUACAGGUGGCAUAUUUCCCAUUUGACUGGCAGAAUUGCACAAUGGUUUUUCGCUCUUACACAUAUGAUUCCUCAGAGGUGGACCUUCAGUAUGGUCUAGAUGAAGAUGGCAAAGAGAUUCAUGAGAUUGUGAUUGAUGAGAAUGCGUUCACUGAGAAUGGUGAGUGGCAGAUUUGUCAUAAGCCCACCAGAAAGAACGUCGAUGAUGACCUCUAUGAAGACAUCACUUUCUAUCUGAUUAUCGAGAGAAAACCUCUGUUCUACGUUAUUAACAUCAUUGUGCCCUGCAUCCUCACCAGCGUGCUGGCCAUAUUUGUCUUCUAUCUGCCUCCUGGUGCAGGUGAGAAGAUGACUCUGUCCAUCUCGGUCCUCAUUGCUCUCACUGUUUUCAUGCUGCUGUUGGCUGACAAGGUUCCAGAAACUUCUCUCGGCAUUCCUAUUAUCGUUAACUACGUCAUGUUCACCAUGAUCCUGGUGACGUUCUCAGUCAUUCUUAGCGUGGUGGUCCUUAACCUCCACCACAGGACACCGAAUACGCACCACAUGCCCCCAUGGGUGCGAAAGGUUUUUAUAAACUUCCUCCCUCAGUACCUGGGUAUGCUGAGGCCCCAGUCUAAAGAACCAGUGGAGGAAGAACCCAAAGAAACCUUACCUUCAAGAUGUUUGGACCAAGGUCUCAGACCUGGAGGUGAAUACUUUAUCCGAAAGAUCAACCCAGCACUGGUAAUGCCAUGGAGAGGAUGUCAUAAUGAGAGCACUGUGAAGUUACAAAGAUUUUCCAACAGUGACAGCUACUGUCUCAUUCUGCCACCCAAUCUCAAAUCAGCCAUCGCUGCCAUCACUUACAUGGCUGAACAACUGAAAAAACAAGAUGUGGAUGAUACUAUGACAGAUGACUGGCAGUACAUUGCUGUAGUGUUGGACCGUCUCUUCCUCUGGCUCUUUGUUAUCAUCACAACACUGGGCACACUGGCAAUGUUUCUGGAUGCAAGUUUUAACUACACUCCUGACCAACCAUUUCCCUGAGCAAAACUCAAACUAAAACCAUGCAGCCAGCCACUGUAGAAAUCAACUCGCAGGAAACAGUGGGACUGUAGUUUCUAUGGAUUGACACAAGAGGGCAUUAGAGAAAUAUAUAUUUACCUUUCUUUCUUUCUUUCUUUCUUUCUUUCUUUCUUUCUUUCUUUCUUUCUUUCUUUCUUUCUUUCUUUCUUUCUUUCUUUCUUUCUUUCUUGCCAUCAACUUGUAAAACGCUUUAAAGACAUUUAUCUGUUUACUCAUCUCUUAAUAAUUAAGUUUAUUGUUUUUUCAUCAUUCAACUUGUAGCCUUUUACAUAUUGUUGAUUUAUCAUUUUUUGUUUGUAAAUUUUGUAAAUUGUUUUCUGUAGAAAAUUAAGCUUCACAGUUAAGCUUCCCUAAUUUUCACUUUGUUCAACAAAAAUUUGCCAUUAACGUCCCAACGUCAGUGAGAUCAUCUUCUUGAGUAGUAUACGAAUACAUCCCCUGAUGUUUUGUUGUUAGGAGGAAUUCUCAAAUCAUACUGCAAAUAUUUUUUUCUACACUCUCAGAAAUAAAGAUACAAAAGCUGUCGCGGUACCCUUUCAAAAAGUAGACAUUUGUACCUAAAGAGUGCAUACUAAAACCUCAAAGCUGCCGAAUGGUACCAAAUUAAUAAAUACAUAUUAGGACCUUUUUAAAGGGUACUAUAGCUUUUGUACCUUAAAGGGAUAGUUCACCCCAAAAUGAAAAUUCUGUCAUCAUUUACUCACUCUCAUGUUGUCACAAACCUGUAAUAUAUUUCUUUGUUCUGAUAAACUCAAAUAUUUUGAGGAAACGGCUUGUGAGCCCCAUUCACGUCCACAGUAUUUUUUAUCCUACUAUGGAAGUGAAUGGGUCUCACAAACGGUUUGGGUACAAACAUUCCCCAAAAUAUCUUCCUUUGUGUUUAUCAAAACAAAGAAAUGUAUACAGGUUUGUAACAACAUGAGACUGUAUGAAACUUCAUUGUAUGAAAAUAUUGUUAUUAAAAUAGCAGGGUCCAUUGCAUGCCUUGUGUUUAAUGGGUGUGUCUGUCAGCGGGGGUUUGUUAGAUCCUUCCUGGAUUUGACUCAUCAUGAAGCCAUUAGGAUAUGAAUUCUGACAACUCAAUGCUUAUCCAAAGUUAAUGAACGGAUGCCUGUAAUCUCAAAACUUUACUACAAGUCGUUUUUGGCAUAAGUGUCCUUGACUGACCAGAAUUGUAACAUGAAAAUAAACUUUCUAUC